AUGCUGGUGGAGGUGUUGAUAAAUGGAUACACUGGACAGAAUUUCUCAACAGAUUUCAUCCCGGCUCAAGGAGGCGAUUACAUUAGAGAACUUUCAUUUGGCGUUAUCACAAUUGCUUUCACUCUCGUCACUUUCGUUCUCUAUGCGGUCGUUUUAAAAAUAAUCUACAAUGAGCGGGAUUUCAAACAGAAUCACUCGCAGCGAAUCAUGUUCCAUUUGGGAAUCGCCGACUCAUUUCAAUUGCUCAUUCACGCGUCAACGGGUGUAUAUCUCAUCGCUCAAUAUGAAAGUUAUGGAUGGCUCGAGAAAAUCCAAGGCGCAAUCAUGAAUGGAAUGUGGUGUACGAGUCUCGUGCACACGGCUCUUCUCGCCAUCAACCGUGCCGUUUUCAUCGUUUUCUUUCAAAGUUAUCGUCGAAUUUUCAAAGAACCCGUUUUCUAUAUAUGCAUGACAAUUUGUUGGUCAUUUUUCCUUAUCGUCACCAUUGUUGAUUUGACUGAUUUCAGUCUCAUGGUUUACGUCUUACCCACUUACACUUUUCAGUAUUUGGCCGAAUACCCGUGGGGUGGCACAGUGCGCGAGUUCAGCAAUCAGCUCAUCCUGUACUCUGUUCUUCUCGCCGCCAUCUCAUACAUCGUCAUUUUCGUCUACGUUUUCACGCAUACAGCGCCUUCGAAACGGGAACUUUUGCUCACGAUACAGGUUUUCUUCAUUUGCUCAUAUAGCGUUUUCGGCUACUGUAUCUGGACGUAUUGCCCGGUUGUGGACAGUCCAACCGCGUACUUUGCGUGCAAUUUCAUUUGGGUUCUUUGGAAUGGCAUCAAUCCAUACAUUAUGGUUUUAUUCAAUCGAAAGAUUCGUGAGGUGUUGACGAGCCAUCGCUUCAUUCAAAUCAUCACCGGUGACGCGAAAUCACUCGCUUCAAACGUAAGCGUGAUACCGCGUGCACGAGCGUCAAGCUUUAAUCAAGUGACGGUGAUCUCGAAUCUCGCAAAGAACCCCGCUAUCCGACCGGCUUCUACUCCGCCAAGG